ACUGUAAAAUGCGAAGAUUAAAAAAAAAAAAAAAAGUAUAUAGAUUUUGAGAAGAACGGGGAGCAAUUAGUUACGUCGGAAUUAGGGUUUGACAUGGCUUCAUCGAGUAGAAUAGAUUACGAAAUCAUCAGUGAUCCGUUCAAUCCACAAUGUGUGAUUGCAGGCUUUAUACCUCUCUGGAGAGAUAACGAGAAGGAGAAGCUUCUGUUGGAGAGGAUCCGAGGGAAAGAGGGCGAUACGAGUCUAAAGUACACACCACAGGAGGAGCGAGAUCUCAUCAACGGACAGAUAAGGAACUCGCAGGGCUUUGACGUGGAUUUUUCCAAGUUCCGAUGCCUUUUCAAUUUCUACCCUUCCUCUCUUGAUGAAAGCCAUUCAACCUUAAUAAGAGAAACCGAUAGGCAGUUUUUCGGAAGAUUGGCUCAGGAAUCCAUUGGGGAUUAUAACAUUAAAGAGGGGACCAGUUUUGAUUUUCUCGAGGUUGAGAAAGCAAAUCUAUACAGGAGUAAAGGUUACAUUUACUUCAUCACGUUUGUAGCCAAGGAUCCUUGCCACCAGACCAAAGUCUUUCAAGCUAAGGUCUGCAAUGUUUUCUGUAGAGAGAUUGAGCACAGUUUCUGCAGGCUUAAACCCGGUCAACAAGUAGAAUGCGAUGAGGAUUCUAAGAGAGUUGUGAAGAAACCAAGGUAUAAUACAAGAUCGAACAAGCGUGCGGAUGUCGGAGAUAUAUUAAGGGAUUGAUUUCCUAUUUGUAGGACAACUACUAAAAUAUAAAAAAUAAAUUAUCCAUUUGUUUUCUGGUGUCCAGACGUUUCCAUCUUAUGAUGAUGAUAGGAUCAUAGGAUACCA